UACAGGAACUUACGGAAUAAUAGCAUGACAUGUAGAGCCGCACGGGAAUAGAGCGGCUUUGUUUUGCUGGUCAAAACGGGCGUGCUUGAAUUAUUAUCUUUUUUGUUUUAUGUUUAUAUUACUUUUACAGACGCCUCAGCGGUCGAUGGAUGAAAGUGCUCGCCUUUGACUGCUAAAUACAAUGGGUUUUUGACUUUGCUCAGUGCUCCGUAUGGGAGUUUGGGGAGGAUUGUAUUCAUUUAUCGAGUGUUUGAAUUAAAGCAAAACUCUGCAGGCUUCAGUGCUGUAAAAUAAUCAAUGGAUUGCAUAAGUCCCAUGCAGAAUAAGAGAAGACAUAGUGGAGAUCUGGAACAACGGCACAACCAGUCGAAAAGGCUGUGCAAUGGACUGGGAGGCUGUGGCCGGGUUGAAUACGGUGCGGUGAUGGAAACUCCAAUGGACACGUGGGAUGGCCAAAAUCACAGCCCUCAAAACGGACACAGCGCCAGUGUCCCCGGCACGCAGGUGUUACCCGCCCCAGGACGCGGUGCAGGACAGCAUUGCCCAAGGUGUAUGGCAGGCGAACCUGGCCAUAUAAACCACAUCAUGAGGUAUUGAUCAGGACUCCUGGAGAAAAGGAAUCGACUGAAUAAACGGCCAAUGCAGAGAAGCAAUCUGCAGUUUAUCCGUACCGUGUGGGUUUUUCCCGCAUGCUUUGUGCCUUCCACGCAUUUCCAUCUGGCCUCACCUACCUACAGCAGCACCUAUUAUUAUUAUUAUUAUUAUUAUUAUUAUUAUUAUUAUUUUUGUAGCAACGAGGUUCACAUUACCCAGAACACUCCGGUGGCCAUGAAUGACGCUCUAGAUCACACUUUUAGCGAAGUGUGUUGAGAUCUUUUGCACUGUCCAUUUUUUUCAGUGUCGCAUGGCUCGAUUUUCAAGAAGGAAUUACUGUUGUAAUCGUAAUGUUAGCGAAAGACUAUUUUUCUAAAAAAAAAAAAUAAACGAUAGCGAAAUCAUUUUCAGGAUUAAAUGUUAUUUCACAUGUGGAUUUAUUUUAAGCGUGUUCGUAGUUUAACGGCCCAGUCGCAUUUAGUUGAAUUUCCAGAAACAUAUGUAAGGGACGUUUUUUUUGUACAUGUCACUUAUUUCAAUAGAUUUGUCUUUUGUCGUCUUCUACAAAGGAAAAAAAAGUGCAUUUAGCGAUUUAACCUAUUUGUAUCAUUUAUAAAGAAAUCCAGAAUGUUUUACAUAAAGUCUAAUUUGAUUAAA